AUAUUUAAAAUUAGAGGUCCCUGUUCAUCUACUUUUUUCAAUUGUAACAAAUUGCAACGGGAAAAUAUAAAAUUGCAGGAUCAGAUUGAGUCUCAGUCACACAGGCAUGGUUGGGUUUGACCUGCCGAGCAUUCACUGAUCCAAUCCAUUGCAAAUUUGCAAACCAGAGGGGGUUUCAAACUCCCCAGUCCAAUGAUCAGAAGCUGCAGAUUGUAGGGUUUCCUCUGUUGUUUUUUCUUCGCAUAAAUUCUAGAGGGAGCCCAUGUUGAUGCCCAGAAUUCUGACCCCAGCUUUCCGAAUUUGAAAUUGGAGCAGUGGAAGGGGAAGAAGAUGUUGAAUCGAAUGGGUUGGAGGAGUCCGUUUCAGGAGGUGGCGAACUCCAAGCCUCUGUUCUUGACGAUCUACGCCACUGUUAUCUUUGGUGUCAUCUUCUCCUCAUUCUAUGUCUUCUCCGCCAUUUACUCCGCCAAGCCACCCGACUCUGCCACCUCCUCCGCCUCCUCCUCCUGGUUCUCGCCUUUGCAUUCCGCUCCUGUUUCGCAUGUUAAUUCUGCUCCAUUGGAUCAAACCGACCAGUCUUCUUUACCAACAGCAGUGGGUGUCGUGCCAGCACCUACACCCAUGCCUCAAAGGACAGGGAUGAAACCUAUUUGGGAGGUUCCUCCUCCUGGCACAAAGAUGCCACCAUUGGAGACCUUCCGUUUGACAAAAGAACUAGUGCAGCGAAGGGUGAAAGAUAAUAUCAUAGUAGUGACUUUUGGUAACUAUGCCUUCAUGGAUUUUAUCCUGACUUGGGUUAAACACUUGACAGAUCUUGGUGUUUCCAAUCUUCUAGUUGGUGCAAUGGACACCAAAUUAUUGAAGGCUUUGUAUUGGAGAGGUGUCCCAGCUUUUGAUAUGGGCAGCCAUAUGAGUACAAUAGAUGUUGGAUGGGGCUCACCAACAUUUCAUAAAAUGGGAAGAGAAAAGGUUAUUCUGAUAAAUGCUAUCCUGCCUUUUGGCUUUGAGCUACUAAUGUGUGAUACAGACAUGGUUUGGUUAAAGAAUCCACUUCCAUAUUUUGCUCGCUUUCCUGGAGCAGAUGUCUUAACUUCAAGUGAUCAAGUUGUGCCAACAGUUGUUGAUGACAGGUUGGACAUUUGGCAACAAGUUGGUGCUGCAUUCAAUAUAGGGAUUUUCCAUUGGCGGCCAACAGAUUCUGCAAAGAAAUUGGCUGAAGAGUGGAAAGAGUUGCUUUUGGCUGAUGAAAAGAUAUGGGAUCAGAAUGGUUUCAAUGACCUUGUACGCAGGCAGUUCGGACCAUCAGUUGAUGAUGAAAGUGGGCUUGUAUAUGCUUUUGAUGGAAACCUCAAACUGGGACUUUUGCCAGCAAGUAUAUUUUGUAGUGGGCAUACUUAUUUUGUCCAGGCCAUGUACCAACAACUCAGAUUGGAGCCUUAUGCAGUGCAUACCACAUUCCAGUAUGCUGGUACAGAAGGAAAGCGUCAUCGAUUACGGGAGGCCAUGGUUUUCUAUGAUCCGCCAGAAUAUUAUGAUUCACCAGGAGGGUUCUUGUCAUUUAAGCCUUCCAUUCCAAAGAACUUGUUACUAGAUGGGGAGCAUAAUCUUGAGUCACACUUUUCACUCGUUAAUUACCAAAUAAAGCAAAUAAGGACAGCGCUUGCAAUAGCUUCACUAUUGAAUCGUACACUGGUCAUGCCUCCCAUAUGGUGCAGGUUGGAUAGGCUAUGGUUUCCACAUCCUGGAGUUCUGCAAGGGUCUAUGACAAGACAACCUUUUCUUUGCCCUUUGGACCAUAUAUUUGAGGUGAAUGUCUUGUUGAAAAAACUUCCUGAGGAGGAAUUUGGUCCUGGGAUCAAUAUUAGGGAGUAUUCUUUCUUUGACAAUCCAUCAGUUUCCCAAAAGGUUAAAGAAUCAUGGCUUGAAGUUCAACUUUGUCAAGAAAGAUCUCAGAAUUGUCAUGUGCCAAAUGAUACAAGUCCAGCAGGAGUACUCCGGUUUCCAAAGCACAGCAACGAAGAAACGUUCAAAUCGGUAUUCUCUGCAUUCAAGGAUGUCAAAGUCAUUGAAUUCUCCUCGAUGCAAGAUGCUUUCCUCGGCUUCACUGACAAGGCUAGGGAAAAGAGAUUCAGGAAUCGGGUGAAGCGAUACCUAGGUAUAUGGUGCUGCGUAGCCAAUCACACUCCUGGGCACAUCUAUUAUGACAUUUACUGGGACGAAAAGCCAGAUUGGAAGCCAAUCCCACCCCAAACUCGGGAAGAUGAUCAUCAACCAUGGUGAUGCCUGUCUAACCUUGACAUUAAGGUUAUGUUUAUAAAAAUUUUACUGGACCGUUGGCGAGGAAAUGUCCAGAGCUGUUCCAGCCCCAACUCAAAUUUGUGGAACCUAGUGUGCUGCUCCCAUGUUUUUCUGACGAGGUUGUAUCCCUUGCAAAUAGAUGGCAAUCAGAGUGCCAUCUUAGUACAGAGAAAGAGCCAAUGUAUCAUUUAUGUAGACCAGUGAAGAAAUUUUGAGAUGUUGUGAGCUAUUUUAAAGGCAAAAUUGAAACUUUAUUCACCCUUGAAAUAUUUGGUUUUGUGCAUUUGGUUACGGAUAUGAAUUUGGAAAAUUCUGCUUCAGAAAUUAUUGUGGUUUAAGAGUGAAAGGAUAUUCUCCAA